AUGACAUCGGACGGCUAUUCAGAGGACAAUACAAGAGCUAGCUUAUCCAACUCCAAUAGCUAUGAAAAAAAAGUAGACCCAGAAGAAGAACUUUUUCCCCCCAAAGAAGUUCUUGACGACCAUGACCCAAAUACAGACGGUGGAUAUGCGUGGGUUGUCUGCGCCGCAUGUGUGCUUUUUAACUUUUGUACGUGGGGUAUGAACUCGGGUUUCGCCAUAUAUUUUGCAUAUUAUCUAAAACAUCAGACUUUUGACGGAGCAGACAAACUAGAUUACAGUUACAUAGGAGGUAUUGCAUUUGGGGUAGGUCUUGCCUUUUCGCCAUUGAUCACAGUUUGCAUGGGAGUUUUUGGAUUUAAACCAGUUUUAAUAGCUGGAAACUGUCUUCAAUUUACCGCUUUGAUGUUGGCAAGUUGGUCAACCAAACUUUGGCAAUUGUAUUUGACUCAAGGGCUAAUGCAAAGCUUUGGCCUAGCAUUCCUUUCAAUUCCUUCAAUUACGUUACUUCCUCAAUGGUUUAAAAAGAGGAGGGUUUUAGCUGGUGGUAUAGCAUCAGCGGGGUCAGGUAUGGGAGGUGUUGUUUUCAAUUUGGGUAUGCAAAAAGUUGUUGAUCAUUCAGGGGUGCAUUGGGCGUUACGUGCACAAAGUAUUAUAGGGUUUGGAUUAACGUGGAUUGCAAUCCUUGCCGCCAAAAGCAAAGCUUCUAAACAUAAUAUUGAAUUUAAAUUCAUAGACUCAACAGUGUUUAAGACUGCAGGUUUUUACUUGGUUGUUUUUUUCGUAUUGACUUGUAUCUUUGGGUACGUCAUUGUAUUGUAUACAUUGGCCAAUUUUACCCAAAGUCUAGGCUACAGUGAGCAUCAGGGUGCUAUAGUAUCUGCAAUGGUACAGGUGGGGUCAUUCUUUGGUAGACCAGUUGUUGGGUAUUUAUCAGACAAGCUUGGUGCUGCUUCAGUAGCUACUGUGGCAUACUACCUUGUUGGAAUAUUUUGUUUAGCAAUGUGGAUACCAGCAAGAAAUUAUGCCACGGUAGUUGUUUUUGCCAUUAUAGAGGGUGGUUUAAUGGGAACUAUAUAUGCCAUCAUUGCUCCACUUAUGGCACAGAUUUUUGGAAUACGAAAAAUGAAUGUGGUUUUUGGAAAAGUUUGGUCCAUCAUGGGUGUUGCUGGUAUAUUUUCACCCGUUAUUGGUAUAAAGCUUGUUCGAGGUAAUGGGGCUACAGUUGAUCCUACAAGUUACCGAAAUUGUUCCAUAUUUACUGGUGUUAUGUUUUUAGCAUGUGCAACGACUAUGCUAAUAAUUAGAGGCUAUUUAAAAGCUAGAGAUGAGAUAAUAAACAAGGAUGGACUGGUCGAUUCAGAUCAGGUCGAUAUCACUCAAGUUUCAGUACCAUUCUUUGACGUAUUUACCCAUGUGUUCACGGUAGGUGGAGGAAAAGCAUAA